AAUAUAAGUAAAACAAAGCCCAAAAUUAUAGCUCUCUCUUCUCUCUCUCUCACUUUCGCGAUACGCACAAUCACAGAACCCUCUUCCUCGCCCCGCCCCUGAAUCCCAGUCUGCCGCGCCGCCUCCCCCUGUCUGCCUCGCCUCCGCCCAAGGUGAUUCAAGUUGCAAUAAGGUUUGAAAAUCAGUUUUCGGCAGAUAUGGCAUUGAAGCCCUCAAUGCCUUCUUCGAGCCUUAUUGAUCAACAAGUGUUUCCAGGAGAUGUGGUACUGGACCUCUCCAAAAUAACUAGUCAAACCAUCAAGCUUGGUGGUGGCCUCCGUCAGGAUGGUGAUGUAAUAUCUGUUGUGAAAGCCGGAAUGCUGAGAUUCUCAAAACCAAACAAGUAUUGGGUUGAAAGCUCCCACAAACGGUAUGUGCCUAGUGCUGGGGAUAAUGUUCUUGGUAUAGUGGUUGAUGCAAGGUCUGAUAAUUUUUUUGUGGAUAUAAAAGGUCCCAUGCUAGCCUUUCUGCCAGUGCUUGCUUUUGAAGGUGGAACCAGGAGAAAUAUUCCCAAGUUUGAGAUGGGCACUUUGUUGUAUGUCCGAGUUGUCAAGGCAGAUACCGGCAUGAACCCUGAGUUGUCCUGCAUGGAUGCCACUGGGAAAGCGGCAGAGUAUGGUCCCCUUAAAGACGGGUUCAUGUUUGAAACGUCAACUGGAUUAUCAAGAACGUUGCUGAGCUCUCCAACUAGUCCUGUUCUUGAGACUCUUGGGAAAAAGAUUGCUUUUGAGAUUGCAGUUGGCUUGAAUGGCAGGGUUUGGGUAAGCCUCAUGUUUAUUUAUGUCGCUCUUAUAAACUUUUAUCCACUUCAUGUAUUUGUUAUUUGUUUAGGUGAAUGCUUCUACUCCAUCAAUUAUUGUACUAGUUUCAAAUACAAUCAUACAAACGGAGUCGAUGAGCCCUACACAACAAAAAAUCAGGGUGGAAAGCUUGCUCCAGAAAAUGCAGCAAUGAACGAAAAUGCACAUCAUAUGAUUUUGCCUUAAUUUUUUUAACGUUGGAUCAUCUAUGUUGUUUUGAAUUUGAUUUAGGUUAAUCAUACUUAAUUUUAACAUGAAA